AUGACCGACUUGUCGGGUCAUCAUAGGAAUGGUACGGCCACUCAUAUGGCAGAAAGAAGAGGGAGGAAACACCCUGGAAUCAGUGCGAUAACCGAUACGAAACGGGUCCAAAAGCCAGUGUUUGAGGCAAGGGAACUGGCGCUGCCUGUGCGUUGUUGUUCAACUAGUUACAGGCAUUCAAGAUGCAAUGAUGAGUUGGCAAUCGAUGGCUUCCUCCACCAGUGGAGAAAACGCCUGCAACAUGUUCCAGAAAUGGAAGAUGCAAACCACGAGGGUCCGGCGUGGAUUUCGCCGCUUUUCAAAUACGAAAAAUUAUUUCUCGCAGCGAGACCCUUAAAAUGGCUGGAAUCAUAG